AUGGCGAUCAAGCCCAUCACCGGCAUGCUGAGGCGAAACCUCAUUAUGGAUCUCUCCAUUGCCCUCGGUCUUGGAACCGUUAUGGGUACCGCUUUCUGGUACGGCUACCACAUGCCCAGGACCAACAAGCGAGAUGCCUUCUAUGCCAAGCUUGAGCAGGAGAGGGCGGCGGAGAAGGCGUAA